CUCCUUUUGUUUUUCUUUUCCCCUCUUCCUGGUGUCAGUCUGUAGCAUCACUGUGGCCCACUAGAUGGAGCCAGAGGCUGUCUACCUGGGAGGCGCGCCCAGGGGUUUUACGCACCUGGCGGUCGUUAUCUCAUCAUCCUCUGGAGGUUAAAGAAGCUGACUGCCAGCACUUCGACGCCGGAGUGUUUUACCUACUUGGUACACUGAGCCCCUCGAGGUUAGUCCUCUGAGUUUGUUUUUCCUCUAAGUAACUCUUCGUUGUCCUCUGUGCUCUUCAGGAAUCGUUUUCGCCUCGAGACCAUUUGGAUUCCCCAGAGUGACUUUCAUCCUGGCUUUUUGGUUAAAGCCCUCCUCGUGACGCCGUGGACGUUACCCACUGGUUGCCCGAGUUCCGUCUUCACCUCUCCUGUCAGAUCUCAAGAGUCUCAGUUGUCAUCGGCUGGCAGUCGGACCCCGCCUCCACCUCCGUCAAGACAUCACUUACCUGCCCGCCCUCCACCGCAGCCUCCCUGCUUAGGAACCCACAGACUAUCUCCCUGAUUGUGAUCAUUCCUUCCCACGUAAGAACCGAUCUGUUUCCAUCAUAACUCCCGUUUCCCAGUUGACCCGAACUCACCAUCUCCUCCUGUUCGCAGUUUUCCGCUGUCUUCCAGACUCCACCCCAGGAUCCCCACCACAUCACAUAACUUUGCCUCAAUAAAAAUCCUUAACUGAUUUCUGUUCCCUGUGGUGUUCUGCAUGUGGGCAAAAGCUUUAACGCCAUCAUGACAGAACACUCCGGCCAGCAGGCAAGCCCCGCAGACGCCAUCAGACGAACACUAUCGGAACAACAGUCACAACUUCACACUCAUGAGUCCGCCCUACGAGAAUUAAGUGCCCGUCAAGCCGAGACUAACCAGCGCCUAACUGAUCUAAUGAAUUUCCUACAGAAAUCUGUUCCGCAGGCUACGCCUCCAGACCCCGCGCCGGCUCCCGACCCGGCUCCGCCAGCGCGUCCUUCAUACUCGGAGGUUCGACCUCCUACCCCGGAAAGAUUCUCUGGAGACAUAUACAGACUAACGGCCAGACGGAACGUUUGAACCAGGAACUGGAGUCAACCCUCCGCUGCUUCACAUCCACCAACCCCUCAGACUG